CUUUAAAUACAUACGCUUAUGAUAUCACUAGGCCGGUACAAUUAGCCCAGAACACUAUUGGUUUUGUGCUCAUUGAUUGUCACUCAUCACAUUUUCAAGAUAUAAAUAAGUUACAUGGAAUAAUGGAUGCUGCCGCUACAAGAUGCACCAUAUCCGCAGUCCAAAAAGCCUUCAAUGUCAUAAGCAUCCUUCAUCUCACAUCCUACGCUUUGCCGGAUAACGAUAAUGAUAAUGAUUUUCCAAAGUUUGACUUCGUAGUCGUUGGAGGUGGUACAGCUGGUUCCGUAGUAGCUGCCAGACUGGCAGAAGAUAAGAAAACUCAGGUGCUACUUAUAGAAGCUGGAGGAGAUCCACCUGUUGAGUCUAGUAUUCCGUCGAUAUUAGUGUACCUUACAAACAGUUCUGUUGACUGGGGAUAUAAAGCAAUAGAUAAAAGUACAACUAAAGGGUGCAAGAGAUCAAGAAACGUAGGUCUCGCUUUAGGAAGAAUGCUUGGCGGCUCCACCGGGACAAACUAUAUGCUAUAUGGAGAAGGAAACAGACGACAAUAUAAUAAAUGGGCCAAAAUCGUUAACGAUUCUAGUUGGGACGCAGAACACCUUCUACCAUACUUCAAAAAAACCCAAAAUAUCCAAAAUAAUAAAAUUUUGAAUUCAUGCGACGAGGAAUUUUUUGGAUAUGACGGUCCUUUUAAAGUGACCAUAGAGAACCGGUUUCCCGUCCAAGAAUACUUAAAAGCUCAGAAAGAGUUAGGCAACAUGGUAGUUCCAGCGUUCACUUUAAAUAAAACCAUAGGUUAUAGUCCUGCAAUGUAUAGCAUCGGCUGUGGUCUUAGGCAAGAUACGGCCUACGCUUAUCUUACGCCGAUAAAGGAUUAUCCUAAUUUAUACGUCUUAAAGCAUGCCCUUGUCACUAAAAUACUUUUUGAUUCGCAUAAAAACGCUAUUGCAGUUAAUGUUUUAAUAAAAAAUAAAAUAAGGACGAUAAGAGCAAGUAAAGAGAUUAUUAUAUCAGCUGGAACUGUGAAUACACCUAAACUAUUAAUGCUAUCUGGAAUAGGUCCAAAGAAACAUUUGAAGAAAAAAGGCGUAGAUUUGGUUUAUGACUUGCCAGUUGGACGAAAAUUACAAAGUCUAUCGUCAACGACAAUAAUUUUUAAUAUGAAAAAUACAAAUAUUAUGGAUACAGACAAGAACCCAAAGGAGUUCCCAGCUGUUAGUUACAUCGGAUAUGUUGCAUUGAACAAGUCGCAAUGCUACGCAGACUACCAAAGCUUAAGUUUCAUAAACUACGCGAGCGAUCAGAUUCGAUAUUGUACUCAGAUUUACGAGUUUCCUGACCGCAUCUGUAAUAAGUUCUUUGGACCAUACUGCAAUGUGAAAGGUUACGACGAGAACCAAAUGGUGUUCAAUUUAGUAACGGACUUACAUCCAAAAUCUCGCGGCAAGGUCUUACUGCGCAGCAACCAUUAUAAAGAUCCACCGCUUGUUUACGUCCGCUACUUAACCGAAGAAUCUGAGCUUGAUAAUAUGGUUAAAUAUAUUAAAGAUUAUCUUAAAGUACUUGACACUAAAACAUUUAAGAGUCUUGGAGCUGAAUUGGUAGACCCUGAGAUAGAAUGCUGCAAAGAUUUAAAGUUAGGGAGCGAUAAAUAUUGGAAGUGUUAUGUUAAAUGCUUGUCGGCUAUAAGGCAUUAUGACUGUGGAACAUGCGCCAUGGGUUCAGUAGUUAACAAGCGACUGAAGGUGUAUGGAGUCAAAAGGCUUCGUGUUGUGGACGCCAGCGUCGUGCCCGUCAUCCCAGAUGGCGUGUUAACGUCCGCUGUACUGGUCAUAGCUGAAAAAGCCGCUGAUAUGAUUAAAGAAGAUUAUAAUUUGUAGUAGAAUAUUGUGUGUCUUGUAAACUUAAUUCAGUUGAGCACAUGAAAAGGGUUUCAGGAACCAUAUUUGUGCACAGUUUGUAUUAUUAUAUUCUGUUUAUAUGUA